AUGCUUCGUCGGACCUUUGUGUUUGCAGCUGCGGAGUUCAAGCAGAAAUCGAGAUGGUCGGCCGUUUGGCCAAAUAUGCACUAUGGCGCAAUGUACUUAAACUAUAGCGUAGGCCGGCAGCUACCGAUGAAAAGCGUGAACUGGGUAACGCGUGAGUCGAACCGGCUGACCAACUUCGACCAACGCUAUCGUACUGUCAUCAAUGACAUCGAUACCCAACGAAACGAAGAAGAGCUUCACAUUCCACUUGAGGAUAUUCGAUGGAACGAUCAUCGCCGUAUCUACUGGCGCUGCUCCUUCUGUGGCUCCCCCUACCGCAAGAACGUCUCGGUGCGCACCAAGUUCCAUGCGGGGUGCAACCGCUGCAAAGGACGCUACCCUUCUGAGGUUCUCAAGGAGCAAGCCGUGAGUGACAGCCUGCAGGAGAAGUACCCGGACCUCGCCGCACAGCUCGCCGAGGGCGAGAAGCAGGUCAAUAUCGCGGGCCUGAGCGUCACCAGCAAGUUUCGCGCCGAUUGGAUUUGCCAGGGCUGUGGGGAGACCUACCGCGCGACGAUUCGGAGCCGCACCGGGGAGGUGGAGCCCGGGCAGUGCCCACUGCACCCCUCGAUCCGGGAGUGGUCCGCCUACUGCCCGGCGUGUGCGUGGGGGCGGAACGUGGCACCUCUCGCGCGUCAGAUCCUCCGCGAAGGGCAGUACCUAGGCUUGGAGAUGACCUCUCCUGACGACCCCUCGACGGGAAUGACUCGUGAGGAAGCGAUACCGCGACGAAAGAGGCUUUUGGCGUAG